ACGCCAGUGAGUGUCUGGACGCUGUCGUGAGUGGUUAAGUUCAGCGGUGCGGUGACUGUCGCUCGUCACCACUUCAGAUUUGUGAACAUUGUUGAUGCUUUGCCGAGAAAACCGAUGCAAUACAAAUCUAAAUCUCGUAGCUAGAACUCUAUUUGUUAAGUAAUCAGAAAAAGGAUCGCAGUAACCGACAGGCGACAAUUGAAACAAUUUAUUGAAGUCUCUUGAACUUGAAGCGAAAAUGAAUAACUUUGUCAAGAAGAGCUCCCGCGGUGAAGCGAGAGUGGGAGAGCGAACGACAAAGAUGGGUUGGGCGCUGCUGCUAUCUUGCUUGGUCGCUUCGUGCGCCGCCCAGGACGUCUCCCAGAACGAGUUCGGGUGCCACUGCAUGGGCUACUGGACCUGCAUCACCAGAGGAGGCACAAUCAACAGCUACUGCGGACUAAGUGAGUCGAGCGUGUGUUGUUUCGUGCCCUACAACGCGAAGCCCGUCGGCCUCCUGCCCAAGGUGCAGAAAGUCAAAUCCUGCGGCAGGAAGGGCAGCAGCGGGCACAAGGAGGGGCAGGCAGAGAUGUUUGAAUGGCCCUGGCAUGCGGCGGUGCUGGAGAGCAGGCAGGACCUGUACGUGUGUGGGGCGUCGCUGGUGCACGAGACUUGGCUGCUUACUGCCGCUCACUGCGUGGACGACUACGUGCCGUACGUGGCGGAGGGGGAGCCGCUGCUGAAGGUGCGGCUGGGGGAGUACGACGUGAGCACGACCGCUGAGCCCCUGCGACACGAGGAGCACUUCGUCAGGAAGCUCGUCUUGCACCCCGAGUUCGACAACGCGACGCUGGUGAACGACAUCGCGCUCCUGAAGCUCGCGACGUCCGUCAGAAGACGGCCCAACGUCGACUCUGUUUGCACGCCAUCUAAGAACGACUUCAAGGAAGGCAGUAAAGCCAAGUGUUACGUUACGGGCUGGGGCAGGAAAGAUGAAGCAUCGAGUCACAGCGUGGUGCUGAAGGAGAUCAGCGUGCCACUAUGGAACAACGACCACUGCCAGACAGCUCUGCGUCAGCAGUUUGGUCCUGCAUACGUCCUGCCUCCUACAGCCAUCUGUGCCGGCGCUGAGGGCCGCGACGCCUGUGACGGUGACGGCGGCGGGCCGCUGGUGUGCGAGAAGGCCGGCCAGUGGUACCAGGUCGGCGUGGUCAGUUUCGGCAUCGGGUGCGGGGAGCGCAGCGUGCCCGGCGUCUAUACGAGGGUCGAGGCUUACGAGCAGUGGAUUAGAGACACAAUCGGCUUUACGAAUGAAUAGAAAUAAAUGAAAAUAGGUUAUAAAAUGAUUUACUGGAGUCGUCGAUGUUGAUGUGAGAGUCGUGGUAAACUUGUGUACAAUAUUUGUAGCUUGUCUGAGCAUUAGUACUUCGUUAGAGGAGUGAAGGUAACUUCAGCACAUUAAAUGAGCCCCCCGGACAGGCGCCCACGCCUGGGUAGAUGUGCAUAUUAAUGAUGACAGAUGGUGUACAUUGUGCAGAAUACGCACUUCUGUUACAGAAUGUAACAAAUUAGGUUUCGGUUGCGUUUUUUAAUUAAUAAAGAAUAAAACUCCAGAUGUUGGAAAGUAUUGGACGUAGAUUGGUAGUAUCUUAUAUUUUACAAAGAAAAAAUUUCAUACUUUAGCAGUCAGGUUCGCUGAAGAUAGUGAUUUGCUAUAAUCAUAAAUAAUUCAUUUCGAAUUUUGUCGCGAGGACUUAUCCAUACAUAGUUUGCAUGGUUUAUUAAAUCUCUUCUUAUAGCGAGUUCUUGAAGUAAGUAAGGUCUGGAGAAAACCUUUACUUUCGCGCCAAACCAUUCCGCUUGACGUGACUCUGCAGUUUUUCUGACAUAAGAUUAUAUUUCAUUGUUAUGGUUGAAUAGGAAAUGACGGUAUCAUUCAUCCAAGUGAUGCAGAUGAUAUGAUGCUCACUCGCUAUCUUGCGAUGAUGUCGGAAUGAUUUUAGAGUCAGGCACUUCGCUCAAAAAAAUGAUAGUGACUCGUCUGUAUGGGCGAGAGAAGUUCUCUAUGUGGACGUGCCAAGCUUUCAUACUCCUUCUGAAAUUUCACGGUUUUUUUAUUCGCAAGUAAUUAAUUCCUGGCCGUAAGGGAUCCAGUCAGUCACUGAUUGACGUUAUGGCUUCCAGAAUUUGUUUAGUAAGACUUCUUGCCUUUCUAUUGUACCCGUGGCGUUGUUUAUCGUGAGGCACUGAAGUUGCAAGCCCUUGUUUGUUUUUUUAUUUUUCAGGGCUUAAGUUCGUCUAGAAUUUUUUUGAGUUUACCGAAAAUUGUUAAGCAUGUUGAAUUAAUAUGCAUCUACCUAUUUUGAGUGCACAAUUUCUGGAUUAGCUGAAGUGAUUGCGUCUGCCACACUCAUAGAAUAUUUGGUUGUGAAUUUUCCAAGAGACAUAGGGCGAUAUCUUCGAUGCGGGAAGGAAUAUGGCAACAAUUAUAGCCUUCUCAGUUAAGCAUGACUGCAUGCUUUCAACACACUACAAAAUAUGACGCUAUUGAGUUUCAUAUUGGGAGUAUUUAGUCGUAAGCAAGACGACAUCAUUAGGCUUCGUGAAUGCCUAUCGUCAUCCAUAGUUUCUCGAGUCAUGGCUCCAUCAUUGUGCUGUUAUUCAGUAAAGUUUUUUUUAAUAAAAUAUAUCAUUCGUG